CCCCAUCUGGCUUCGUUCCCAGAGAGCCCCAAUCGUGCAGAGGCAUUAGUAGCGCAGGGUACUGCCCUGUGUAGUACUACCCUGUGCAGUGCUGCCCCCUGUAGCGCACCCACAUCUGGAGGUGGUGCACAGUGCAGGAAGGACCAUCCACUCCAUGCCUCUCAUGCAGUCGCACGGGCCGCCCCACGGCACAGGCAAAGAGUGGAAGAAGGCUCAGCUCCAAGGAGUCCCAUGCUUCCUCUGCCUGCUGAUUCUUUGGGUCCUGGGACUUCUUGAGGUCCAAGAGCCUCGUCGGAUUCUUGUUUUUGACCCCACCUGUCCCCUCUGUGGGGUCUGGUGCGUACGGGGCCCCUGAAAGUAGGCACUGGGCAGAGAUAGCCUCCUGCUGGACGCCCCACGCUACCUCCAUUUGGACACCCUGAAUUCUGAACAUUUCCUUAGCGCUCCUUCGGGUGCAUAAGGCCCCUCCCACCCUGAUCAGUGAGGCUGGCAGCCCUCAGCAUAGGCCUCUGAGGGCCAGGACGUGCCCAGAAACCAGGGUCAGGGCACCUCCAGGUCGGGCCCGUCUGCCCCCCAGCGUGGUCAGGUGACCAGGCGGGCGCCCGGCACACCUGGCGCCGUCCCUUGACCCCGCCCCGGGCCGCACCCCAGAACGCUCUCCGAGAGAGCCAGCGCGGCGGAGCAAGGGCCAUGGCGGCGGCGCCGGCGGUGGGCGCCCCGCAGGGGUCCCCGCCGGGUGCACAGUCCCCACCGGCUGGCGCGCCGCUGCCCGCGUCCGGUCUGGGCCGCUGCCGGAUGGCGCUGCUGAUGGCCGUGGCGCUGGACGUGGCGGGCAUGGCGGCGCUGCUGACCGGCGUGUUCGCGCAGCUGCAGGUGCGCGGCCGCGACUUCGGCGACCUGCUCAUCUACUCUGGCGCGCUGCUCGUCUUCCUGAGCCUGCUCGGCUGGAUCCUCUGGUACACCGGCAACAUCGAGAUCUCGCGCCAGGAGCUCGAGCGCGACUAUGGCCUGCGGCCCUCGGCGCUGGCCCGCCUGGCGCGCAAGCUCUCCCGCCGCUGGUCUGCGCCGGCCUCCGGCCCGCGCGCCGCACCCGGCUCCCAGGGAACGCGCCGAGCAGCCCGCGCGCCCCCGCCGCCCGCCGCCGGCUCCCGCCGCGUACGCCUGCAGCUAGCUACGCUCGAGGCGGGGCCGGGGGCGGCGGGCGCGGGCCCCGAGUGAGCCGGAGACGACCACACGGCCCCACGUGUCAGGACGGGACUGCGAUGUUCAGCUGUGCCCCACAUCACUUGGCCUCCGGGAUGCCUAGCUGUCCUCCUCUCUCCUUCCCUGGAUAAAUGGCUCUGCCUCCUA